ACAAGUUGCGGCAGCCGUAAGCCAGGUCGAGCUUUGCGACAGUGUCGUACGGCCUUUGCAGAGCGGCCAGCAUGGGGCUGUACGCGGCCGCCGCGGCGGUUCUCGCCGGCGUGGAAAGCCGCCAGGGCUCCCUCAAGGGGCUGGUGUACUCCAGCAACUUCCAGAACCUGAAGCAGCUGUACGCUCUGGUGUGCGAGACGCAGCGCUACUCGGCCGUGCUGGACGCAGUGAUCGCCAGCGCGGGGCUCCUCCGCGCCGAGAAGAAGCUGCGGCCGCACCUUGCCAAGGUACUAGUGUAUGAAUUGUUGCUGGGGAAGGGGUUUCGAGGGGGUGGAGGCCGAUGGAAGGCUCUGCUGGGCCGACACCAGGCAAGGCUCAAGGCUGAGCUGGCCCGACUCAAGGUUCAUCGGGGUGUGAGCCGAAAUGAGGACCUGUUGCAAGAGAGAUCCAAACCUAGCCAAGCCUACCAGGUACCACGGUUCGUGCGUGUGAACACGCUCAAGAGCUGCCCUGAGGAUGCGAUCGAUUAUUUCAAGAGACAAGGUUUCUCCUACCAGGGUCGGGCUUCCAGCCUGGAGGACUUGCGAACUCUCAAAGGGCAACAUUUUCUUUUGGAUCCCUUGCUGCCCGAACUUCUUGUAUUUUCUGCACAGACAGAUUUGCACGAGCAUCCACUCUACUGUGCUGGCCAUCUCAUCCUGCAGGAUAAGGCCAGCUGCCUCCCAGCCAUGCUGCUCGCUCCCCCGCCGGGCUCCCACGUCAUUGAUGCCUGUGCUGCCCCCGGCAACAAGACCAGCUACAUUGCAGCCCUUCUGAAGAACCAGGGGAAGAUCUUUGCUUUUGACCAGGAUGCUAAGCGGCUGGCGGCCAUGGCUACGUUGCUGGCUCGGGCUGGGGUCUCUUGCUGCGAGUUAGCAGAGAAGGACUUCCUGACAGUUUCUCCCUCUGACCAGCGUUAUGGCCAGGUCCAGUACAUCUUGCUGGAUCCUUCUUGUAGUGGCUCUGGCAUGCUGAGCCGGCAGCUGGAGGAACAUGGGGAAGGCACACCUAGCAAGGAGCGCUUGCAGGCCUUGGCCAGGUUCCAGCAGCGGGCUCUGUGCCAUGCACUCAGGUUCCCCUCUCUGCAGCGCCUAGUCUACUCCACGUGUUCCCUUUGCCAAGAAGAGAAUGAAGACGUGGUCCAAGAGGCUCUGCAGCAGAACUCAGAGAUGUUCAGGUUGGCUCCUGUCCUACCCACAUGGCCUCACCGAGGUCUGAGCACCUUCCCAGGGUCUGAGCACUGCCUCCGGGCUUCCCCUGAGACCACACUCACUGGCGGCUUCUUCAUUGCUGUGUUUGAACGUGCAGAGGUGCUGCCGAGCCCCACAGACCAAUGCCGUGGAUCCAGAACCUCUCAGCCAAGCCCCAAAGAGAAAGAGAAGACGCAAAUCAGCGGCUGGUGCAGCAUGCAGCAGCCAAGCACAUAGGCACUGAGUGCCCUGCAGCCAGCAGAACCAUCCUUCCUUACCUUCCCUCCUCGCAUGGGAAGAUCAUGUCCUGGCACUCUGUGCCCCUCACUGGGCACAGUCCUACCAGUCAAGAGUUCUUCACUUCACAAAUAAAAGGCAAACUCAGAUCUAUGA